GCCAGUCCUAACCCAGUGUUCAACUCGCAGUUGAGUCCUUGACUCACUCCUCCCAACAAACUCACCAAGUUUUUUUUUUGUUUAAAAGUUUUUGUUUUGUGGCUAACCCGGAAAGAAAGGGAUGGAUGAUCCUGAAAAGGUGACUAAUACUGUUGUUGAGACUCAAAUGGAUGAUUCAAAGCCAGUUAUGGAAGAAGCUGAAACUGGUGUUGUUUCUAAGGCUGAAGCUGAGUGUCAAGCUCCUAUGGAGGCUGAGACUGGAGCUGGUGAAGGGAAAGGCCAAGUUCAAGUUGAAGAACUUACAAAACUUGAAGAAGAUGACGGGAGAUUGCAGGCUGAGCCGGUCGGUGACAACCCGGAUUCAGUGGAACAGCAACAAGCAGUUGAAGACACCGGCAAAACUCUCUGUGUCGAUGAUACUGGUGCUCGAAAUGAGGAAAAAUUAAAGCCCGAGGGAAGUGUUGAUGUUGAAUUUAAGGAUGUUGAGGACAAAUCUUUAGUUGAAACUGAUACCAAGAUGGAUGGUGCUGGAAAUGAUGAUGAUGAUGAUGAUGUUGGCCUCGUGCAUUCACAUGAUAAUGGACUUAGUGGAAGCCCCAACUCUGACCAGAAACCCCAAGAUGAUGACCAUGGCCUUGACAAUGGGGUGCCAUUGAAGGAUUUAUCUACAGAAAGGGAGAUUAAUACCCCAUUGUCUUUGUCAAAUCCCAAUUUAUGCUUCGACAAUUCGGGGUCGGACACUGAGGAGGAGCAAGCAGCUUUUGUGAAGGAGGUUGAAGCUUUUUACAAGGAGAAGAACCUUGAAUUCAAACACCCUAAGUUUUACAAGGAGGAUCUGAAUUUGCUAAAGUUAUGGAGAGCUGUCAUUAAGUUGGGGGGCUAUGAACAGGUGACCUCAUGCAAAUUGUGGAGGCAAGUCGGUGAAUCAUUUAAUCCCCCGAAGACUUGCACUACAGUGUCAUGGACAUUCCGAAUCUUUUAUGAGAAGGCACUACUCGAGUAUGAAAGGCAUAAAAUACAUGGUGGCAUGCUCCCUCACUCAGAUGCUCCCUUUGUGGAGCCUAACGGGGUUGAAACACAGGCCGGUAGUAAUCAAGCUCCUGGAUCAGGUAGGACAAAGAGAGAUGCUGCUGCUCGUGCCAUGCAAAGCUGGCAUUCUCAACGUGUUCUCGAUAACGGUGAGGUCUGUCAUCCAAUCAUCAAGGACAAGACAUCUAGUCCAACACUCAAGAGUGACAGACAAAAAAAUUUUGGUUUAUUAAAGCGUAAAAAGCCAUCCACCAUGGAGCCUAGUGCCCAAGUUUCUCAACUUAAAGCAACUAAACGACAGCAUUCUUUUGGCAGGUUGGAUACUAUGGUUGUCGAUAUCGGAGCCCCAGCUGAUUGGGUGAAGGUUAACGUGCAAAAAACUGUUGACUGCUAUGAGGUAUAUGCUUUGAUUCCCGGGCUUCUUCGUGAGGAGGUGCAUGUUCAGUCCGAUCCAGUCGGACGCUUGGUUAUAUCCGGUCAACCGAUGCAACCCGAUAAUCCUUGGGGUGUCACACCCUUCAAAAAGGUUGUGAGCCUGCCAUCAAGAAUCGAUCCACAUCAGACGUCGGCUGUGGUUACCCUGCACGGUCAGUUGUUCGUACGAGUCCCGUACGAGACGCCGGAUAUAUAAGAUAUGAUCGUAGGGUUUAUUUUUUACCUUAACAAUUAGAGAUUUCUUUAGUUUGAAGUCAACAUUACAUCUAAUUCUGCAAAUGCACUUGUUUCUUGGUUAGUUUAUGUGAAUAUGAACUAAAAAGAUUGGAUUUUGUU